UCUCCGUUCCUCGGAAAUGAAUGCAAAUAAUCUUGCACAGCUUCAUAAGUAUGAACCACCUAAGUGGGCUUCAUCCCUGAAGAACAUUCCAAAGUAUUUCCUCAAGCUUGCUCAACGUAACACUCCAAUCCAUCCAUGGAAUAUUCCCAAUGCCCCAAAGGAGUUUUCAAUAUCCAUCAAAAGGGAUGACCUGACUGGAUGUGCUCUGUCUGGAAAUAAGGUUCGUAAAUUGGAGUUUGUCUUGGCUGAUGCUUUAGAGAAGAAGUGUGACACAGUGAUAACAUGUGGUGGUCUCUCUUCCAAUCAUUGUAGGACUACUGCAGUUGCAGCAAAACAACUUGGUUUGAAUUGUUACUUGCUGCUAAGAAGUUCUGAUCAGAAGACAGUCAAUGUUGGAUGUAAAGGGAAUAUUCUUUUAAGUAGGAUGGCUGGAAGUAAUAUUAUUCUUGUUCCAGAGUUGAAAUAUAAGGCUGGCCUUCAACCAAUGAUGGAGAAAAUGGCAGAAAAAUUGUGUCAGCAAGGUUCAGUCCCAUACCUGAUAGAGGUUGGAGGUUCUUCAUAUACAGGAUCGUUUGGUUACCUGACAGCAUUUCAAGAAAUGAUGGACCAAAAUGUGCUGGAAGAUUUUGAUGAUAUUGUAAUGACAGCUGCCAGUGGAGGCUCUGCAGCAGGAAUUUCCAUUGCUAAUUAUCUGACAGGUUCAAAACUCAAAUGCCAUGCAGUAAACGUAAGUGAUGACGAUGCAUGUGUUUACAGCAAGAUAAAUGAAGAACUUCAAGCAGCUGGGCUCUCUGUGCAAGCAGAAGAAAUAAUUGAUGUCAUUGGCGGACAUCAUUUGCCAGGAUAUGAAAGACCCUCACAAGAAGAUCUAGAAUACAUUUUAGAGAUUUCCAGUUCUACCGGAGUGUUGAUUGACCCAGUGUACAACAUAAAGACAGUCAGAGGAAUGCUGGCUGAAAUGACCAACAAUCCCAAGAGAUUUCAAGGAAAUAGGAUACUCUACAUUCAUACUGGUGGAUGUUUUGGUUUAUUUAAUGGAGGAGUUGAAUCUUUACUGACAAGUUCACGAGGCACACAAUGUAUCAAUGAGAUUCUGUCCUGGAGAGACAUCAACGACCCUCUGCCGAUCUGAUUGUAAUUAAUCAAAGAAGCUUUACGUCAUGAUAUAUGGUUUUUAUUGGAUAUAAUUUGUAGUCAAUUUCAUUCCUAAUUAAGAGUAACUAUUUUUAGGCCGAUAAUAGUGUAAGUAACAUUGUUUAGGUUCAUAGUCAGGCUCGCAUGACCUAUACCAUUAUUAAGUUAAAGCGUGUUUUUUUGCGCUCCUUAACUCACAAGUUACACGCCAAACAACUUACAUUCCAUCACGUACCAUGGAAACAACGUCCAAAGUCCAAUCAGAACAUACCCAAUCGUGGCACUACAUGAACAUUAGGCAAUUUUCCAUGUGCUUGGAUUGUAUUCCAGCAAUUAAAUUCUAUCUUGUCAAAUUAGACUGCGCUCCAUCCUUGUAAACAGCCUGCAUUUAGUCACGUAUUCGAACCGCAGUGCACCGACCACUGGAGCCCGGAGCCCAGUGCACUGACCACUGGACUAUUGGACAAAGCCGUGGCGUUGGCGUACCUGCGGUACAGUUGAUCACGCAUGUUAAAAGUAUCACCUUGUACGGUCGUACGGUCGUGUUAAAUGAUAAAAUUACAAUUAUAGUUAAUCUACAAUAUCGUAAGGGUUUCCUGUAUUGGUGUUGAAAAGAAAAGGAAUGGAAAUAUUAUUUUCUUCUAAGUCAUUUAAUGUAAAUUAUAAAAAGGGCAGGUUGAUUACUUCGUACUCCUUCUUGGUGGUCUUAUCUUAAGGGUCGAGUUUGAUCACGUUCUUCUUGUGAGUUUGGCCACGUUCUCCUAGUGAGUCUAAUUACGUUUUCUUCGUUGUGAUCGUGAAGUUGACAUGGAACUCGUGAUAAGCCAUGUUCUUAAAUAAGUUAAUUUGUUAGUCCAGGAAGAGUAAAUCUCCCUGGUAAUAGGUCGCGUUCGACACCGUCGUGUUCCCAGAGGUAAUUUAAGGGUAAACAGGUGAUGCACCUCAUGUUUCGCCUCAAGAAGCAAUUUGGGAGCGGUACUUGUGAGCGCCUUUCUUCUUUAACUCUUGUGACCAAGAUGUUGUUAUGUAACAAUCUUUAAAGGUGAUUUUCUCUUAAGAUACACUUUCAGGUAUAAAUAAUACUCAACACCAAGGUUAUUUGUAAUUUUUAUAUUGUCGAUCUCGUUUCUGUUCUGGCCGAUCUCAACCGUAAGGAUAUGAAAAUUAGGGAAGAAAUUGAUUUUGUAACUGCGUAGACAACCCUAAGGUGCUUACUCAGUAUGUGGGAACUAUAAUACGUAGUCAAGCGUGAUUCGCUAGUUGAGAUGGUACAAUGACGACACAAAAAGAUUGAUGGCUUAGAAAUGUCAUCCGCAGUGUCACCUAUAUAAGCGGAGACUCUAGUUUUCCCUGAUAUAUUGAAGCUAGUCCCCAUUGUAACAACUUGAGAAGAAAAGUAAAUAAAGAAGGAUCAACCAAACCACAAA